UGCAAGAAAAAGGCCAUUUGGAGGUUCAGACGGGAAGAAAAUCUACUAAAGUGUUGGGUCAUUUGAUAUAUUUGCCUGAAUAGUAUUUUUAAAGCUACUAAGGUAAGCAGAGACUGUUCUAGUGAGAGCCAUGGCAACCACUUCGCUCCUAUUUGCCGUAGCUAAGAGAUUGGAAGGCAAAGUAGCUCUAAUCACCGGCGGAGCCGGCAGCCUCGGAUCAGUCACAGCAAAGCUCUUCCAUGAACAUGGUGCUAAAGUCUUGAUAGCCGACGUUCAGGACGACAAAGGCCAUCUCGUCUGCCAAAAUCUUUCUCCAGAAAGCGCAUCUUUCAUCCACUGCGACGUAACAAACGAAUCAGACAUCCGAAAGGCAGUAGAAACUGCGGUGUCCAUUCACGGUAAGCUCGACAUCAUGUUCAACAAUGCAGGAAUCGUGGACCCCGUGAUCCCCGACAUGCUUAACUACAAUCAAACCGACUUCGAGCGCGUGCUUCGUGUGAACGCCGUUGGUGCCUUCUUAGGCACCAAGCAUGCUGCUUGUUUCAUGAAACAAGCGAAACGGGGGAGCAUCAUCAACACGGCAAGCGUUUGUUCGGUCAUCGGUGGGGUGGCUACGCAUGGCUACACAAGCUCAAAGCAUGCAAUUGUUGGGCUCACCAAGAACACUGCUGUGGAGUUGGGACGUUAUGGGAUCAGAGUUAACUGCGUGUCGCCUUAUGCGUUUCCUUCGGCCAUGUCAAGGGGGUUCUUCGAACGGGACGAGGAUGAUCCGAUAGAUGACAUUGGUUCCAAUCUUGAGGGAGUGAGUUUGAAGCCGGAGGAUGUGGCUGAGGCGGUUGUAUAUCUGGCGAGUGAUGAGUCUAGGUAUGUGAGUGGGCAUAACCUGAUUGUGGAUGGAGGGUUCACUGUCAUGAAUUCAGCUCUCACUAUGUUCAACAAAUAAAAGGAAAUUCUAUCCCACAUCGAAUUUGGUUGAAUUUACAUUAUGAUUAGUAAAAUACACUUUAUGUGUAAUAAGUUUACCAUUAAGUUAAAUGACAAAUUAUAUGAUAA